ACUGAAUAUCGCUAGGAGAUUUGUUUUUCAAAUCUGGCUGUACGUAACAAUCAAGUUUCCAAUUGGAGGCCCCCAGAGAGUCAUCGCGGGCGUCAUCAAGUGGAUCAUCAUUGGUUCCACUUGGGUAAGCAUCCCCGACCGCCCAUGUCCCGUUCUGCUCGGUCUUUUAGUAAGCAGCCUCUCUGGGUUCGGGAACUUGGAAGCUCUCCAGAUUCCCCGAGGAUCCUUGCUUUUGCUUUUUCACCAUUCUUGCCUGUGCUAACGGAAGGAGAUCUUGGGCGCGCUGUCGCUUGUCACCACCAUGUUGGAUGGUCAUACGCAGAUGGUGCUAGGGGACUCCCUCUCGGGAGACCUCUCGCCGUCGCGACUCGCCUCCGCUUUCGACCAUCGCCAGCGAGAGGCCUUCUGCGGCGAUCCGGAGGGCUGGGGUCCGCUCAGCUUGAAUGGCUUCUACCUGACUUCGUGCUUUGUGGAUGUAGUUGUCGCCGUCGUCGCCGUGUGGGGUUCAUUGGCUGGUCUCGCUGCUCUUUGGAUGUUACUGAAGAAGCGUAUUCCGCAACCCGUCUCAAAGAAUUGGCACUUCUAUGCUAAGCUGGCUGUACUCGCUGCUCUCAUAUUCGUUACUGCCCUUGAAGCCGCCUUGCAUGCCGAAAACCAACCGAAGACUUUCUUUGCCGAUUUCCGAUUCUGGUCCUCCCUUUUGACGCUCGGCUCGCUGGGUGUCAUCUUUGCUGUGCAAUACUACGAGCAUUGGCGAAGCCGGCAGCCAAAUGGGGUCGUCCUGUUCUACUGGCUCUUCUUUAUCAUUGCCUACGCCAUCAAGCUGCAGUCCCUCGUCGCUCAGAAGACUUAUCUCCAACACCUUCCAAACUUUAUCUGCGUCAACCUCGGCCUGGGCCUUUCCUUGUUAGAAUUUGUCCUGGAAUACUUUAUUCCUAAGAAGCAAAGUGCCUAUGAUGCGCUCGGCGAUGAAGAUGAGUGCCCUUACAACUAUGCUGACAUCUUCUCGGUCCUUACAUUCGGAUGGAUGACACCGAUGAUGAAGUUUGGCUACAAGAAUUAUUUGACUCAGGAUGAUCUGUGGAACCUCCGCCGCCGAGACACUACUCGAGCAACUCUGGAUGGUUUGAAUGCCGCAUGGGAGGAGGAGCUCGAAAAGAAGAGCCCAUCUCUUUGGUUGGCUCUUUUUAAAGCAUUCGGUGGUCCAUACAUGCGUGGCGCGAUAAUCAAAUCGGGCAGUGACAUGCUCGCUUUUGUUCAGCCGCAACUGCUGCGGUACUUGAUCGCUUUCAUCGACUCUUACCGAACCCCGGACCCCCAGCCAGUGAUUCGCGGUGUGGCCAUCGCCCUGUCAAUGUUCGUGGUCUCGGUCUGCCAGACCAGCUGUCUUCACCAGUACUUCCAGCGAGCAUUCGAUACUGGUAUGCGGGUCAAGUCAUCUCUGACUGCGCUUAUCUAUGCGAAGGCCUUGCGUCUUUCAAGCGAGGGUCGCGCAAGCAAGACUACUGGUGAUAUUGUCAACCACAUGGCUGUCGACCAACAGCGUCUGUCUGAUCUGACCCAGUUCGGUACCCAGCUGCUAUCAGCUCCUUUCCAGAUCACGCUGUGCAUGCUUUCUCUCUACCAGCUUGUGGGACUCAGCAUGUUCGCCGGUGUUGGUGUCAUGAUUCUGAUGAUUCCGCUUAAUGGUGUCAUUGCACGGAUGAUGAAGAAACUACAGAUCACCCAGAUGAAGAAUAAAGACUCGAGAACCCGACUGAUGACUGAGAUUUUGAACAACAUGAAGAGCAUUAAGCUCUAUGCUUGGAACACAGCAUUCAUGAACAAGCUCAGCCAUAUUCGAAACGACCUUGAGCUCAACACCCUCCGCAAGAUUGGAGCUACGCAGUCCAUAGCCAAUUUCACCUGGCAGUCGACUCCUUUCCUCGUCUCCUGCUCCACCUUCACGGUGUUUGUCUUGACGAGCGAUAAGCCCCUGACUACUGACAUUGUCUUCCCUGCCCUGACACUCUUCAAUCUCCUUACGUUCCCGCUUUCUAUCUUGCCCAUGGUCAUUACCUCCGUGAUUGAGUCUACCGUGGCUGUGAAGCGUCUUGUAGAGUACUUCACCGCGGAGGAGCUCCAGACCGACAGUGUGAUUUACCAGGAUUCUGUGGAACAUGUAGGCGACGAGUCCGUCCGUAUUCGUGACGCUACGUUCACGUGGGACCGCCACUCUGGCAUUCCUGUGCUCGAGAACAUCGAUAUGAGUGCUCGUAAGGGUGAGCUCAGCUGCAUUGUUGGACGUGUUGGUGCUGGCAAGUCUUCUCUGCUCCAGUCCAUUCUUGGUGAACUAUGGAAGAACCAAGGUGAAGUCGUCGUUCGUGGUCGCAUCGCCUAUGUUGCACAGACCCCUUGGGUCAUGAAUGCCAGUGUCCGAGAGAAUAUUGUGUUCGGACAUCGAUGGGAUCCCGCCUUCUAUGAUCUCACCGUGGAGGCUUGUGCUUUGCUCGAUGAUUUCAAGAUCAUGCCCGAUGGUGACCAGACCGAAGUCGGAGAGCGUGGAAUUUCUCUCUCUGGUGGUCAAAAGGCGCGAUUGACCCUCGCUCGUGCGGUUUAUGCUCGCGCGGAUAUUUACCUUCUUGAUGAUGUACUCUCCGCAGUGGAUCAGCACGUCGGACGUCACAUCAUCAACAAGGUCCUUGGUAGCUCCGGUAUUCUCAGCGGCAAGACCAGGAUUCUGGCCACCAAUGCGAUCACUGUUCUCAAGGAGGCUGACUUCAUUGGCCUCUUGCGUGACAAGACCAUUAUCGAAAAGGGCACUUACGAGCAGCUGAUGGCCAUGAAGGGUGAAAUUUCAAACCUUGUCCGUACAAAUUUGGCUGAAUCGGACGAUGAUCAUUCCGCCAGCGUCUCGGAUGAUAGCCUUGCUAGCCCCAACCCCUCAGAAGACACGGCCGUGAUUGAAACCGGCGAAGACUCGGAUAGCGAAGAUUUGGAGGAGCCUGGCGCUCUUGUUCCGAUCAAGAGCCACGGUGAUACCCGCAGAAGGUCAAGUACCGUUACCCUCCGCCGAGCUAGCACGGCGACCUGGCAAGGCCCGCGCCGCCAGCUUGGAGACGAGGAAAACGUCCUCAAGAGCAAGCAGACCCAGGAGAUCUCACAGCAAGGUAAAGUCAAGUGGGGUGUCUAUGGCGAGUACGCAAAGAACAGUAAUAUUGUUGCCGUGUCUUUCUACCUCUUCGCGCUCUUGGCGGCUCAAACUGCCCAGGUUCUUGCAAACUACUGGCUUAAGAACUGGACUGACUACAACGAGGCUCACGGUCGCAAUGAGAGCGUUGGCAAGUUCAUUGGUAUCUACUUGGCUUUCGGUCUGGGAUCGUCCCUUUUGGUCAUCAUGCAGAACCUGAUUCUGUGGAUUUUCUGCUCUAUCGAGGCUUCUCGCAAACUUCACGAGCGCAUGGCAUUUGCCAUCUUCCGCUCGCCCAUGAACUUCUUCGAGACUACACCAUCUGGUCGUAUUCUGAACCGAUUCUCCAGCGAUAUAUACCGUGUUGAUGAGGUCCUUGCCCGAACCUUCAACAUGCUAUUCGCCAACUCCGCUCGUGCCAUCUUCACCAUGAUCGUCAUUUCCACCACCACCCCGGCUUUCCUGCUGUUGGUCCUUCCUUUGGCUUGGGUCUAUCUCAGCUACCAGAAGUACUACCUGAGAACAUCCCGUGAGCUGAAGCGGCUGGACAGUGUCACUCGCAGCCCGAUCUUUGCUCACUUCCAGGAGUCUCUCGGCGGUAUUUCGACCAUCCGUGCCUACCGCCAGGAGAAUCGGUUUGCUCUCGAGAAUGAGUGGCGCAUGGAUGCCAACCUCCGGGCUUACUUCCCUUCCAUCAGUGCUAACCGAUGGUUGGCAGUUCGCCUCGAGUUUAUUGGUUCGAUCAUCAUUCUGACCUCCGCUGGACUCGCCAUUCUCUCGGUCGCUACUGGAGGUCUUCUCUCGCCCGGUAUGGUUGGUCUGGCUAUGUCCUACGCUCUCCAGAUCACUCAGUCUCUCAACUGGAUCGUUCGCCAGACGGUUGAAGUGGAGACCAACAUUGUUUCUGUUGAGCGUGUUCUCGAGUAUGCGAACCUGCCCAGCGAGGCCCCCGAUGUUAUCUUCAAGCGCCGACCUGCCGUUGGCUGGCCCGCUCAGGGUGCUGUCACCUUCAAGAACUACAGCACCCGGUACCGUGAGGGUCUUGACUUGGUUCUUAAGAAUAUCAAUCUCGACAUCAAGCCUCACGAGAAGAUUGGUGUCGUCGGGCGAACUGGCGCAGGCAAGAGUUCCUUGACCUUGGCUCUGUUCCGCAUUAUUGAGCCUACUGGUGGUACCAUCAGUAUCGACGGACUCGACGUGUCCUCCAUUGGCCUAACCGAUCUCCGUGGUCGCCUAGCUAUCAUUCCUCAGGAUCCUGCCAUGUUCGAAGGCACUCUCCGUGACAACCUGGACCCACGCCACGCCCAUGACGAUACUGAGCUCUGGAGCGUCUUAGAUCACGCCAAACUCAAGGAUCACAUUACCGGCAUGGAAGGCCAACUCGAUGCCCAAAUUCAGGAAGGAGGAUCCAACUUGAGUCAGGGUCAACGCCAGCUGGUCUCUCUUGCUCGGGCCUUGCUCACGCCUAGCAACAUCCUUGUUCUGGAUGAGGCAACGGCCGCGGUUGACGUGGAGACGGACGCGCUGCUUCAGCGCACUCUACGUAGCAGUAUCUUCCAGGACCGAACGAUCAUCACUAUCGCUCAUCGCAUCAACACGAUCAUUGACUCGGAUCGCAUUGUUGUCCUUGACAAGGGCCAGGUGGCGGAAUUCGACACUCCAGCCAACCUGAUCAAGCAGGGUGGUCGCUUCUACGAGCUCGCUAAAGAGGCCGGUCUGCUUGACAGCGAUGGUCUGGCCAGUUCUUCCUUACAAAUAGCCUAACCACCAAUCGAUUUUCAAUAACUCCGACGAGCUUUCUCCUGUCCUACGGCGGCGACAAUCCUGGAAGGGGGUUCGGCUCCUGCAAGCCUGUCAUGCACAUCCAGAUGCAAGAGCACUUGGAAACUCUGAGUGGCUCGGGGAAUCCGGGCCUACUCUGGACCCUUUGGGAUCAAAUUGGAUGAGCGUGAAUGCUGAUUGUCGGAUUGCCACGCCGCCCACAUGGAUCAUGCCUUCUCCUCUGACUUCGCCAUUCAAAUGCGCAGCGGUUGCCCCCUAUCUGUGGCGCGGACGGCGCGUGUCCUUCUUUGUCUAAUUGUUCUCAUUUUUUGUAUGUAUCAAUGGCAAACUCAAUCUGUUUCCCUGGGACACCCCUGGCAGAUGUGGAGUGGGGGAAGAGGGGAGGCAAACUCCAAGGGGAAAGAAGUGUAAAUGUAAAGAAUAAAAGUGUUUUUUCUCUAAGUUUCACGCAGAACCGAUUUUCUUAGCCUCCGGCGUUUGAGAUAAUGUGUGCAACAUAAUCAAUAGGCAGGCAGGUGAUUACAAUCCUGAGACUGAUUUGAGGGUGCCUUGCU